AAGUUCUGUAGCCAGUUCUGCUCACCUCCUGAAGGCCCGAAGUUCAGCGGGCGGGAAACGCUUGCCAAGAGCUUUCCUGGCAUCUCCAGCUCGAGGAUCUUGCCUCCCUGGGCUGGGAAAAUCUCUCCUCUGCCGGAAGAGUCCAGAUAUCCCGAAAUAAGAUCGAUGACUCCACGUUUUGAACAGGGACAUUCUCUGUUUUUUUUACCUUUUCUUCUUUUUCACCUUAGAGCGGGAGCCAGAAGCAUCUUCCAAGCAUAUGAACUUUCUAGUCUCUGUGGACUAAACUAACUCAUGCCCAGAGAUGGCUCAAAGGAACUUUUCUUGCCAUUCUCUUCUGAGAAAUGAAAGCUGCUUUGCACAUCAAGGAGAGCCUUUGAACUUGUUUGGAACAGCAUUUCAGUGCGGAAACAAAAUGGGCUCACAAUACAAAGCAGUGAAAGAAGGAAAUGGUCCCCACAUUCUCCUGGUGGAUACUGGUGAGAAAUUCUGGGAAGGAACCCGACAGAAUAUCCUGGAAGGAGAAAGCACCAGUUUAGUGGUACAACAUCGUCAUUCCAGGGAGUUCUGCUACCAGGAGGCUGAGGGACCCCGAGAAGUUUGCAGCCGACUCCACCGCCUUUACCAUCAGUGGCUGAAGCCAGAGAAGCACACAAAAGCUGAGAUGCUGGACCUGGUGGUCCUGGAGCAGUUCCUGGCCAUCCUGCCCCCAGAGAUGGAGAGCUGGGUGCGGGAGUGCGGAGCUGAGACCAGUUCCCAGGCGGUGGCCCUGGCCGAAGGUUUCCUCCUGAGCCAGGCAGAGGAGAAGGAGCAGGGAGAGAUGCAGGAUCAGGAGCCCUACAUGCCAGAGGUUGCUGAAACCCCCAAAGCACAGGGGUAUAUGGCAUAUCCCUCUCAGGAGCUGAUCUUUGGGGAGAUCUCCCACAAGGAUCAAAACACACCAUCAGAGAAUGGAAAAACAUUGAUGGUAUCUGUAGGAACUUAUCUUCAUUGUAGUGGAGAAGAAACAUCAGUUGUGCUUUCGACUCAGGUAGACGAAAAAUUCCUCCACCUACCCAACGGGGAAAUGUCAUUUAUUCAAGGAGCAUCCUAGUCUGUCCAAACUCCUCUCCAGAGCCUGUUCCUUGCAUUUUAUUACCUCUUAUCCAGUUUUCAGAGGCUAAGUAUUUUCCUGGUAAUUUUCCUUGUCAUCCACCAAUUGAUAGUAUUACUUGCUUCUUCCUGGAGGACUUUCCUAACAACUUCAUGUAGUUAGUGAAUCACUACUGUGUUGAUCCCUGAGGGACAACAUGAGGCACCAGUUAGAGUACCUGACACAAGUCUCCCAACACUGUUUUGAGGAGGCUACUUUCCAGGAAGGUCUGGAGUCCCUGUUCAAUGGUGCAUCCAAGGCACAUUCCAUCAGUUGAUCAGAAGAACACCGUGGAGUCUACCAUCGAGUGUUUUUGAAGAUCCUACAGAAUCAGCAAAAUUAAUAAAAUAUUGUACAAAAUGUGUUAUUGGUCAGUUUCUUCUGGGAAAAUACUCAUGUAUUCCAAAGGAAAAUUCUGCUGUUGGAAUUUAUAUAUUUAUAUCUGUUUAUUAAGAAAGAGAACUUGCAAAAACUUCUGGAGCUGUUCAUUAGUAAGA